AUGUUCUUGAAUCGUGAUGUCGGUAAGCAUUUGUUGGGCGUCGAAGAUUUGCUUCAGAAGCAAGGUAUUCUUGAAGGCCAACUGAAUUCUCAAGGUGAAUUGCUGAAAAAUGUUACCACUCAAGCAGUCGAAUAUAUUCGUAGUAAAGGUGAGCAAUACGAUGUGCUGCAAAGAAAACUGGAUGAUGUCAGCGUUCUGUAUGACAGGUUAGAUCGAUUGUAUUGUUUCGCUGGAUUAAAGGUUUAUCGAACCUGA